CCAUAUUUAUUAAUUUUAGAUUUUUUUGGAAAGGUACUUUUAACUUGUAAAUUUGAGCUUCCGGCGUUGCUAGGCUCCCCCCGGAAUUAGCCUUUUGUUUACACAUGUCUUUGGCUUUAGAAAUAUCGUUCAAACAAUAGUGAGGAGAAGCAGCAGUGUUAGACUUUUACGUUACUUCAAAAUGCCCUUGUUUGGCAACACUUUUAGUCCCAAGAAAACCCCUCCUCGGAAGUCUGCUUCCCUUUCCAAUCUACAUACAUUGGAUCGGUCAACACGGGAGAUUGAAUUAGGUCUGGAAUAUGGAUACCCGAUGAUGAAUCUUGGCAGCCAGAGCUUUAAAUUUGAAGAUGGCCAGUGGAUCUCAGAGUCAGGAGGUAAUGUAUCUGGAAGAGAGGUACAGCGCCUGAAGAAGAGGAAUCUACAGUUAGAGGAGGAGAAUAAUCUGCUCAGGCUAAAGAUUGAGGUUCUUCUUGAUAUGCUUUCAGAAUCAACAGCAGAAACACAUCUAGUACAGAAGGAACUUGAAAAUAUGAGUAGAAGAAAGAAAUGAUGGAAGGAAAUAAAAGAUAUUCACUCUUCUCUUCUCUUUAAGUGUGUCUAUACAAAUCCUGUAGGGAUUUUUCAAUGAAAUUAGAACUAUUCUAAGACAAUGUUUAAAUAUCAGUUACAUUGAUUUAAAAACUUGAAUACUGUAAAAACACAUUUGUAUCACUUUGUAUAUUUCCUUUUUUAAAUUAGCUGUUUCUUUGCCAAUUAUAUAACUAAAUAAAUAUGUUUAGGCUAAUGUAAUUUAUAUAUAUAUAUAUAUAUAUAUAUAUAUUUUUUUUUUUUUUUUUGCUUUUUAUUUGCUUUUUUACACGUUGUUUAUUUUGCCCUAAAACAUAUUGUGUUUUAAAGAAAGUGUCCUCAAAACUACCAUUGUCAUAGAAACAUGCUGUUGAAUUUAGUUAUUUCAGAUACAUAAAAAGCAGCUAAAGGUCACUCGUUAUGUUCAGAAUACAAUAACUUGUCAUUCUUAUUGCCAUUAAUACCAAAUCUUCAUUCCUGUGGCCCCAGUAAGUGACAGCCCCAAAACCUUUCUGCAUGUGUAGAUCUGAAUGUGUAUUCAAAUCACAGGACACAAUCACACUCUUUCUUUGGUUCCACAGUAAGAUUAGCCAAGAGCUGUAAAGGUUUAAACAUGUACAUGCAGAUUUAAGAGGAUUUUCUUAUGGAGUGUGAGGCACGUAUUGCACGGCUAUGGUUGUUUUCUCUCAUUGUCUUUACAUAUUUAAUAAAUUGACAUGAAUAAAUGUUGUACUGAUUUUA